AAGGACUUGCUGAGAUUUUAUGGAGAAGGUCUUGGAAGUACAGGCUAUAUAUAGAAUGGGGGCUCUGUCAUUGGUCUGUGAUACAAGAGGCUGAAGGUCACAUGGGGAUCAAGCUGUCAAAGAAGCCUUCAUUGUUCUGUAGGCAUCUGGACUUGUUGGUUGGUUGAUGCUAGACAGGUCAGUUAGGUGCUGGCUUGGGGAAGUACUUUCUGCUCCUGUCCUGAGGUGUAUCUAGGAAGGAGAGCUCCUUGGAUAUUUCCAUAGAAAGAUCCACAGGGUUCCCUAUGAUGAGGAAUCGUACUCAGUGGCCAUCCUGACACAUAUUCUGUAGACCGGGCUGGCCUUGAACUCUGAGAGAUCCACUGCCUCUCCCUCCCAAGUGCUGGGAUUAAAGGUGUGUGCCACCAUUGCCCAGCUCAGUGAUUCCUUUACAGAUGGGAAGGGAAAGGACUUAACUGCAGUAUCAGGCUGUUGAUGGUUUCUGUUCCUUUUGACUAUUCCCGACUCUCAAACUGAAUGCAGUAGAGCAGUUACAGAAGAGGGUACUUGGAUAAGGUUUCCUAUAGGGCUGUGGAAAGGUCUGGUGAGUCUGUAAUGUUACCAGGUUAUUUUUCCUUUCUGUGGGAAUGGAGGGUUUUGUUGUUGUUGUUGCUGCUGAGAUGGUCAACAACUCCUUGUGUAUCACAUUUAUUUAUUGAGGUGCAUGUAUGCCACAGCAUACUUGUGGGGGUCAGAGGAUAACUUACAGGAAUCUUUUCUUUUAGUAUGUUGUCCCCUGGGACCAAACUCAGGUUGUCAAGGCUUGGCAGUAAGCCUUAACCUGCUGUGCCGUCUCACCAGCUCAUACCAUUGCUUUUCUUCAGCAGGAAGUUGAGCUUUGUUCAUCAGAUUGAAUGUGUUUCAGAGGCUGCUUCUGUGCUAGAGCAAAACAGUAACCCUGGGAGUGGUCCUCUUACUCCUAGAUGACCCCAAGGUUUGGAGGGAUGAAGUGGGGCCAGCAGUAGAAGUCUGGGAAGUCCCAAUUUCUAGACCUGCUGGGACAAGUUUGUCUGGAUAUGGAUUGGGGACUGGUGGCAGGCCCACCUAUCAGGAGAGACUAUUGCUCUCUAUCCAUUGAGACAGAGCUGGGGUCUCCAUGGGGCUGGAGACUCAUUCCAAGACCCAGAGCAGCCCCAGAUCUGCUGCAACAGGCAGCUGCUAUGCUCCAGAGUCAGGUUAAUUGAAGUGACUGGAUAGAGGGUGGGGAGGGGUUAAGGGCAGGGCUGGCUUACUGGACUUUCCUUCCCUCCCUUGUUGCUCCCUCCCUUCUUUGCUGGAAGAGCCAACUUCAAACACCUCUUCACCUGCCCCCCAGCUCUCACCAGGAAGGCCUCAUCAGCCGAUACAAGACCUGGUGUGGCUGCCAGUUGCCUACUUCAUUGGCAAUCCAAAGACCUGAGGACCCCAGGAUCAUGUGUGUGGCUUGCUAGAGGGAAUAAGGGAAGGCCAGACCCUAAGAGGCCUAUGGUGCCCCUCAAGCCCACUGUCUAUGUACUACCACUGCUGCUGGCAUUUCUUGAGUCUGCUCUAGGCUGGGCUGGGUCCCAGUCCUGCAGUGUCCAGGAGGUACUCCGCCACUACCAAGCUGUCAUCUUCCAGGACUUGCAGGUUGCCAUGCAAUGGGCUGGGCUGGGAGCCCAGCAUACAGAGCCUGGGUCCCGACACCACCACUUCUUUCAGAAAAACCUGACUGGAGCUGGUGGAGGUCAGGGACAGCCAGGGGCCUCCUGUGAUGCCCAAAAGGAGCAUAGCAUCCUACUGUCUAUCGAAUCCCUGGGUCAGACCCUUCUUGGGAGCAUGGGUGGAGUUCCCCACAAUGCAUUAGAGAAAGCAGCAUGGACAGUGGCGGUGCGCACCAAGGCAGUGAUGCACAGACACUGCCGAAUAUCCAAUAGGCAGAUCCUGCAGCCCAAGAAGCGUCCAGUACAGCAGCGUCCCAGCCGGAGGCGGCUCCUGCUACGUGCCCUAUACGCUGUCGCCACCUGCUGGAAGAAGCUCUUUGCGCUGAGUGCCAUGGCCACCAGUGAAUUCUAGCACUGCCCUUGUUCUUACUCCCACACCUCACAGAAGACUGGAAACAAACUCAGCUCAGAUUGCCUGCACUCGAAGGCCCAGGCUGUGGAGAAGAGAGCACCCUCCUUCAUGGCCACUCUUCCACACACUCAGUGAGGCCCCAAUAAAUGGAACUAGUGAUGUGACCUGA